AUGGAGGCCUCUCGCCCAUCCACCACCAUCCCGCCGGCCAACCCCCCCAGCGUGGAAAUCGCCUACAAGCGCAAGUGCAUUGCGCUGAAGCGCCGUCUCGCCGAAAUCGAGACAGAGAACGAGCUGAUGCGCACUCGCAACAGCCGGAGCCACCAGUACAUCCAGAAGAUGCGGCUCGAGACGUGCAUGCUCCUGGAGCGUCUCAACAAGAUCACCGGCAUGUCCGAGGAGGCAAAGGCAGGCGCCAUCAACCCGGACCUGCGUGCCCGUGCCGCCGCAAUGAUGACCAGCUCUGGUGUGCCCGAGGGCACUGGUGCCACUCUCGAGGAUGACACCGAGGGAAGCUCGGAUGAGCAGCCCCGGACCCCCGAGGAACGUCCCCUUCGCGUCAAGCGCUCCCGCAAGUCUGCCGUCCCCGGUCUCGACGGCGCCGAUGAUGACCUCCCCGCCGGCCCCGAUGGUCACCAAGAUCCGGCGGACCCUACCAGUCUGCCCCACCACCUCCCGGCUCCCACCCAGGAGUCGCUCACCCACUCGUUCCGGGUGCAGACUGGCAGUGGUUCUGCCGAUCAGACCCCCGCCGCGGCCGAGGCUGGUCCUGAAGUUGGGGCCGUACCCAUGGACAUGGACAAGGGGGAAGUAAAGGAGGAGGUUAAGGAGCAGUUUUAG